AGAUAGUCGAAAAAACUUGGUAUAGCUAUCUUCAUUUCAAUUCGAAUACCUAUGUGUGUAAUCGACAAAUUUGUAAUUGAUAGUUCGAAAUGGAACUUGAGGUGAACCUAUAUUUCGAUUCGAAUGUGUGUGUGUUACCGACAAAUUAGUUAUUGUUAGUUGAACUUUAUCCUUAGUUGAAAAUUUCCUAUCCAUAUAGAACGUAGCCUAUUUUACGAACUUACGUGCGUCUUGCAACGAGGCAGGCUUCUCAUCAAACGUGCAAUUGAGAUCGAACAGUGAAGCUGAUUGAUGGCUGUCACGUGAACGAAGCACCGGACUGUGGCUGCAAAUAUGUGUCUUCUAAAGUAGAAAAAAAAAAUGAAAUAUUUUUUCGUUAUGAUCUUUAAACGCCUAUUGCAAAUGAAAUUAAAAAUUUGCUCAACCAAAUGCGAGUCAUUGAACUGUAUAUAAUUCAGGCACAGCUAAGCCAACAUAAAAAUUAAGUCCAAAAAUUUAAAAUAAACUUGAACUCGUACUCCCAUGUCAAUACAUAAAAGUUAAGUACAAAAAUUUAAAAUAAAUUUGAACUCCCAUGUCAAUGAUGAUCAUAACAAAAAUGUUUUUAUCGCAAAAUUUUGGCACAGCUAAGCCAACAUAAAAAUUAAGUCCAAAAAUUUAAAAUAAACUAGAACUCGUACUCGCAUUUCAAUGAUGAUCAUAACAAAAAUGUUUCUAUCGCAAAGAUGAGAAUAAAAGAAAAUUUGCACCUGGUGCUGCUGGUGCUUGUUCUCCUGGUGGAGGCAGCCCAUAGCUGGAUAGUGGGAGAACCCUCUGAACCCGACGACUAUUUGAACGCUGCUAAUAACAUUGAAAUUUCCGAUGGCAGCAGUGAAGUUACCAACCCGCGAAGCUUCAUUAGCAAUACUAGUUUUAGCUCGCGCAGACAUGACUACCCAGAGCCUUUCAGAAUCAAAAGGGAAGUUGAAGCUCCACCAAUAACUUACAGGAGAAAAGAAGAAGAAGACGGCAAAUACAUCGGACUUAAUGAACUCGGCGAAGUGGACCGCUUCCGAAGCCCGGCCGCUCAGAGCUAUCGAACUCUUCUGUUUGACCCCGACAACUAUCAGCUCAUAGUCGGCGCAAGAGAUUACUUGUUCCGUCUGAGUUUGACGGGCUUUCACGUACUGGAGUCAGCGUCGUGGCCCUCAGACUCGAGCACCGUGGUGAUGUGCGAGCUUAAGGGCCAGGAUGGCUACCACUGCCACAACUUCGUCACGCUUCUGGCCACGCACGGCCACAGGCUUCUGGCCUGUGGCACCAACGCCUUCAAACCUUUGUGCUCGUGGAGGAGUAUUUCUUCACUAUCCAACAUGGAAGAAACCAUGAGUGGUGUCGGCCAGUCUCCCUUCGAUCCUGACCACUCCAGCACUCACGUCAUGAGUGGCGACGGCAGUCUCUUCGUAGGAACAUUUAAUGACUUCCAAGGUCGUGAUCCGGCUUUUAUGCGGAUGGAAGGUCCGCGAAGCUGGCUGCGGACCGACCAGUACGACUACAAGUCGCUGUCACAGCCUUCAUUUGUCUCCUCGUUCGAGGCCGGUGGCUUUAUUUACUUCUUCUUCGACGAGCUCGCAGCUGAAACACGAAGCUGCUAUGAGCGCGUGAUGCCACGCAUCGGACGCCGCGUGAUGCCGCGCAUCGGGCGCGUGUGUAUGGACGACCCAGGCACUCGUGGCCACGUGGACGCGUGGACGACGUUCCUGAAGGCAGGACUAGACNACGUUCGAGGUUCCCUGUACAUUGCGACUGAGGAUGAGAUCGUACGCGUGCCGGUGCACCGCUGCUCGCG